CACAGUCACAUCAAAAAUCUGUACAAUACUGUAAAACUAGUUUUUGAUAAAUUGUAUUUCUUGAUUUUACUAUAUGUUUAGGAUAGGAUUUAGCGUGUCGGAGGUGGCGCUAGUGUUAUGUGAAAGAGUGAAUGCAGGCUCUCGAUGCCUCUAAGCGGGUGUUCGGGCGGGCUACUGCUGACGGCGGUGGUGGCGCUGCUGCUGCUGCCGGCCCAGUACUACGUGCCGGACCUGUACUCCGCCGACGAGCAGCUGGUGCCGCCGCCGUCGGAGCCGCCGCCGCAGUCCGUCGCGGCCUGGUUCGACCUCGCCUUCUCCCACCUCCCCCCUCUAGAUCUCUUCUUCACACUCUCGCUGCUCAUACUAGCGUUCUUCACUUACAUUUGCGAGUGGAUACAGAGGAAACUGAUGGAAAGACGGAUAGUGAAGUUGAACCAGUACCUGGGGGCGAGCGUGGAGCGGCUGCGCGCGUGGGACGCGCAGCAGGAGCAGCUGGAGGCGACGCUGCGGAUGGUGGCCAACGCCACGUGCGAGUACAACCUGCUGCUGUACCUGGUGCUGCGCCAGCACCGCUGCCUCGCCGCCAAUGGACCACCCUCCAACUGCUUCUUUGACAAGGACUUCGACGAGGAUCUGCCUUUUUUAAGGAACGCCACAAUGGACGCGCAGCCUGUUUGACUAACGUAGUUUGGAAUUCGUUAUUU